AUGGCAUCUAACCGUUUUGAAAUAAAUGAGGAACCAAACGCACAACCGCGGACUACAACCUACAAUGGUGAUUAUGCAGUGAUUGCGAUUAUUUUAGAAAUUGAUAAUGCUGUUGUUCCUGCUGGCGUAACUUCGACGUCUACAGAAUCACCCUCAACCGAGACGACUACUGAAACUUCAUCUGGCACAAAUGAUGCCACCGAAACCUCAUCUGGCACAACUGAGGCCACCGAAGCCUCAUCUGGCACAAAUGAGGCCACCGAAGCUUCAUCUGGCACAACUGAGGCCACCGAAGCCUCAUCUGGCACAAAUGAGGCCACCGAAGCCUCAUCUGGCACAACUGAGUCGACAAUAGAAACGUCCUCUUAUAUAAGUGAUAUGACUACGGUUAGAGUCGAAGAACAAACUACAACUAGUACUACAAAUGAGCUUGAUGGGACGGUUGUUCCAGCUAUUCCAGAUGGCGGUCUACCAGAUGGCGGUCUACCUGAUGGCGGUCUACCUGAUGGCGGUCUACCAGAUGGCGGUUUACCAGACCUACCAGGUGGCGGUGAUGGUGGUGCACGCGAUUGUGUAUCCAUUGGUAGAGAUAUCGUAUUCGCGUGUGACACAAGUUUCAGUGUCUCUCUUGAAGACCAAGAUGCUGUCCGCCAAUUCUUGAAUAAUCUAAUUGAUGAGUUGGCGAUAUCUAAAGAGGACUCUCAAGUCGGCAUGCUCAUGUACAACAAACAUGCCUUGCAUGGUUUCUAUUUGAAUGAUCACUAUGACAACGAAGCUAUCAAGACAACUAUUAAUACCUUUUUCGAAGAACCAAGAGACCGAAAAUCACGCACCGAUCGUAUGUUCAAAGCUGUGAAUGAAACAUACUUUAGGAAGGCAAAUGGAGAUAGGAAACGAUUCAAAAAUGCCCUCGUCGUGUUUACUGAUGGUUUCACAAGGAGGGCGGCCAGGGCAAGUGUAGCUACUCGAAUUGCAAACCAUCUGAAAAAUAAGAGGGACGUUGACAUCUUUAUAAUCGGAUUGGAGAAUGAGAUUAGAAAUGGGGCUAUUAACAUGGUGGAACUUGAAACAUAUGCGAGCACCCCCCUUGACGAACAUCUCUUCACUCCAUCCAGAGAAGAACUUCGAGAUAAAUUUUUUGCCAAAAGUUUUCAGCAGAUGUUACAACCAUGUACUGAAACAAGUCCGUAAAUCAAUUCUUAAAUAUGAGAAAAUGGGAUGAAAAAUAAAGUUCUAACCUUUAA